UUUCAGAUUAUGGCUUCUGAGAUAGCUUCUCGUAACAUUUUAGCCAAUAUUAAGACUGCCUACCUAUCGAAGAUGUUGUCGAUGGAGAUUGAUUGGUAUGAUAAAUCACAAGAGCAGUAUGUCAAUAUUCUGUCACAUGACUUGCAGAAGAUGUCGAUCUUAUUUGACAGUAAAAUGAUGAAUGUAGUUGAAACGGUUGCAGUAAUAUUUUUCGGUUUCAUAGCCGGCCUUCUCCUUUCUUGGAAGGUUGCUCUUUUGACCCUUGGAACUAUGACGAUUACUAUCUUGAUAACGUACUUAAUACUGAAAGAAUCAAAAAAGAAGGAAAAACCACAGCAAGAGUACAAUAGAAAAUGCACAAAAAUUGCUUCUGAAGUACUUGGAAACGUUCGUUCAUUUGCUGCAUACAGUGGAGAAUAUAAAGAAAUCGAAAGGUACAAGAGUUCAUUAAAAAUGGCCAAUAAACAUCGCUUAAAGCAUGCUACAGUGAUCUCUGCUGGAAAAGCAUUCAACUGUUUCGCUUUAUGCAUUUGCUAUAUUGCCGCCUAUUACUUUUCUCUUUUGAUAGCACAAAUGUAUGCUAUACACAACUGCACUUACUUGCUGGGUACAAUAUCUAACCUCAAUGUGGCGAUAGAUUCAGCGUACAGGGUAAUGAGGUUCCUCGAUUCUGAAUCGAACUACAAUAAAUCUAUCGAACAAGGAAUCGAACCUGACACAUUUAAUGCUGAGGUAUCAUUCAGAAAUGUUCAAUUCUUCUAUCCGUCAAGCUUAAAUAGAAAGGUGUUCCAUGAUUUGACAUUGGACAUUGAAUCUGGAAAAGUCACAGCAGUUGUAGGAACUAGUGGUGCAGGAAAAAGUACGAUUGUAAGCCUGAUUUCACGCCUUUACGAUGUUGCUGAUGGGCAGAUCCUUAUUGGAGGAGUGGAUAUAAAGAAGUUGAAUGUCAGUUGGUUGAGAAAUCAAAUUGGUGUCGUGGGACAGGAACCAACGCUCUUCGAUACUUCCAUUGAAGAGAACAUCAGAUAUGGAAAAACUAAUGCAUCUCUGGAGGAGAUUGUCGAAGCAGCGAAGAUUUCUUACGCUCACGACUUUAUAGAGAAAUUACCUUCAGGCUACGCUUCAAUUGUUGGAGAGAGUGGUAUAAAACUAUCUGGUGGUCAGAAACAGAGGAUCGCCAUAGCGAGGGCCAUCGUCCGGAAGCCAAAACUGCUCCUCCUGGAUGAAGCCACUUCUUCGCUAGAUUCUCAUUCAGAAGGCAUUGUACAAGAAGCUCUUGAAAAUGCCAUGCGUGAUAGGACUACAGUGAUCAUAGCUCACAGAAUGUCCACUGUGAGGAUGGCAGAUGUUAUAUAUGCAAUGGAAGAAGGACGUGUCGUGGAAAAAGGCACCCACAAUGAGCUGAUGGAACUUGGAGGAUAUUACUACUCAUUAGCCAAGAUUCAAGAACUUGAGGAAAAGGACCAAAUUGUUACAAUAAAGUAA